AUGGCCCGCCCCGAUGCUAACAUUUCUCUCAGCAUAAAAUCUGGCGAGGCCGACCUGACUCGGAGAGAUGAGUUCCAAAAACUCUCAGACGGCCAGAGGGCUGUCGUUGUCCAAGUCUUAUCCAGCCAGCGGCUACUGACAAACGAAACUAUUGCACAAGUCAAGGUCUCCACGUCAGAUAUAAUGACCCGCUUGGAUCAACAAGAUGUUGAAUCCAAGCAAACGAUGCAUAUGCUGUCAACUGACGUCCCUUGCUUCAUUGGCCGAUCCGAGACAAACGUAAGGGCGCAUCUCAGUGCCCAGGAUCUGCAGCUGAAGGCGAGUUUGGCCCAACACCAGGCGCAAUUGCACUAUAUGCAAGAAGAGGAGCAAGACGCUCUCCUGAACCGACUUCUCGAUACCUUGGCGUUCCCUGAAAUGAACGAGCGUCGCAAUAUGAUAGAGGGCCGAGUGGGGGAUUUCGGCACAACCUAUCGCUGGGUUUUCGCAGCUGAUACGUACCCGGUUCAAAAACAGGCGCUUGUGGAGUGGCUUCAGAGUGGUGUGGGUGUUUUCUGGGUCAAUGGAAAGCCAGGAUCCGGGAAGUCCUCUCUCAUGGAUUUCAUUUACAACAAUCUGCGGAAGGAAUGCAUAGACAAAUCAAUCCGGAUACGAUGGGCUACACCGAGGCCCACCCGAUUACUCAGCUUUUGGUUCUUCCGGCCCGCUUCAAGCCCUCUGCUCAAGUCUCUCCAGGGAUUUUGGCGGUCGUUGUGCUUCCAGAUUUUGGAUGUCGACCAAAACCUUGCAGUCAAGAUUCGUGAGAACACAGAUAGCACUGCCCCACAAAGCCUCCGGUCAGCUCUUGCCAAACAUGGUUCCCAAUCUCGAUUCUGGACAGACAAUGAGUUGAAAUCCUGGUUCCAUUAUGCGCUCCAGCAUUCUGACUUCAACUAUAUCCUUUUGGUGGAUGGUCUAGAUGAGGUCGACAAAGGCCGCCAGCUGUUGCUAGACGCAAUUCAAUCGCUUUCUAAAAGCUCUCCUCAGAUCAGAAUAUGUUGUUCAAGUCGUCCGGAGGGUCCGUUUCGAAGGGCCUUCGAGCAAUGCCCAUCUUUUCAAUUGCAGGACUUGAACUAUAACGACAUCAUGAUAGCUUGCCGCCACAGGCUUCAGGGGACCCGCGCCAUUCGUUUUGCAGGCGAGAUUGCCACGCGUGCAGAGGGGGUCUUCUUGUGGGCCCAUAUGGUAGCGGAGGAUCUUAGAAAUGCCGCAGAUCAUGGAGAUGACGAAGAGGACCUCAACCGGCGGGUGCAACAAUCCCCACGCGAGAUGCACGACCUGUUCACACAUCUCCUCGAGCGGCAGGACGACUAUUAUGCAAAGCAUCCGAAGCCUUAUCUUCGACUCAUUGACUUUGCCUGCAGAAACGGUCUAGUCCUCUCUCUACUUGACUUGGGCGUGGCUUCGCAGCCGCUAGAAGACCUGCUGCUAGUUCCAGAAAAACCUGGCGACCACUAUUUCUCGACUUUGAAUGAUAUGGUUGUCGGACUAGAAGCAACGUUGUGGUAA